CAGCUCUCUUAAUGUUACACACACACUCGCUCUCUCGCUCUCUCACGCUCACACACAGAGGAGACACAUCUGAACUGAGAAACUUUUAAACUACUUCCACCUCCUGACAGAUCCAGGAGUAACUGUGGACGGUCUUCUCCAUCCUGCGCAUUUGGAUUUAUUAUACGAGCCACUCUGGAGAAACACUGAAGGUGUUUUCCUCCAGAUAAACAGAGAGCUGACCUCCUCAUGCCCUCCCACACGACCCUCUGAACCCCUGUUCGACUCCACCUCCUCACCAUCUUGUCGGUGUGGCGACCGGUGCUCCCCAGGAGAUCUAGAGAUCGGGCACAGCGCCAUGGUAACUCACAGCAAGUUUGACUCCGCGAUGAGCAGCAGCCUCUUGGACUCCAACAUGCGGCAGCCUCACCGUUACAAGACGUUCGCCUCCAAGGCGCAGCACCAGAUGGUCCUCGCCACGCACAGCAAGCUCCAGGAGAGCGGCUUCUACUGGGGCGCCAUCACCGGGAAGGAGGCCAAUGCCAUGUUGGCGGCCGAGGCCACCGGCGCCUUCCUCAUCCGGGACAGCUCUGACAACAGACACCUGUUCACGCUCAGUGUCAAAACAUCAUCGGGCACCAAGAACCUGCGCAUCCAGUGUGACUCGGCUUCUUUCCGGCUGCAAACAGACCCUAAGAACAUUCAGUCAGCUCCCAACUUUGACUGCGUACUUAAGCUGAUUCAUCACUACAUGCCUCAGAGCAAGGGGAACACGCACAGUGGAAAUAUGUCCUUCAUUUACUCUGGAGGGGAGAAGAUCCCCCUGGAGCUCAUCAGACCUCUCUCCUGCAGCUUGUCCACCUUGCAGCACCUGUGCAGGAAAACGGUCAACGGACAUUUGGACAUUUCAUCUAAAAGAGACCAACUUCCUCAUUCUCUGAAGGAGUUCCUCCAGGCGUACGAUGAUCCGAUCUAGAAGUGUUGGACUGAUGCUCUUGAAGGAGCAGAAAAAGUGUCCCAAAGAAAAACGUCAUGGUUCCAGUGCAGCCACGUCUGACGACAUGUGAGGAGUAAAGAUGAGGCAGAGACCGGAGAGUCGGGCCCGGGACUGAGCUUGUGAGAAGGAGAAGUUUUGGACUGAAAGGUUGUAUGUGUUUGUGGACAUCCAUCUCUUCAGGUUCACAUUUAGGAAGAAAUACUGGACUGAUGAGGACUAAGGCACAAAGAGGCCUCAGAGAAAAAAUCUCUUGAAAUGAGAGAUGACACCGUCGGCCUCCUCUUCCCCUCUGCCGUCUGAUGACGUUCAACUUACUGAAAACUGAAGUGAGGAUCACAGUCAGCCGUCUCCAGUUUGAUGACACACAGGUUCCGUGUCCUGCUGCUGCUGCUGCUGCUGCUGCUGCUAACCAUUGUGCUGUGAGGCUGUCGAGCUCACGCACAUACGCCUCAGAAAACCAUCCAUCCAUAAAAGCUGGAUCUGAUUUUACGAUCAGACUUUUUUUUUUUAUCUCAAAAGACGUUUUAUGAGACCAUCAAAUGUGGAAAGAAGAUAUAUUUUUGAUAAUCUGUUUUUAGAGGGAAGGUUUAUGCCAGAUUUGCCUGAACUUGACAACAGUUUGUCGGAACACGACUGAAUUUAACCUGAGAGAGGAGUACCACUGCUGAGCUAUUAUAACCAAAAUCAGAAGUUUGUGUGAAAACCAGUAGUGAGGAAACGCAUACCAAAAAUAUGAGUCAGUACCUCUGGCACAGACAGGAUUGUCACAUUAUGAAUGAAUGUAUGAAAUGUGGCGUCUUACUUUUCCGAAUAAGGAGAAGAGUCUAAAGCGUAUCUCAUCCUUAAAACAAUGUUUACAUGAGUGAAGGUAAAGCGGUGAAUCUGUUUAUUGUGCUGUCUUUUGUAAAGAUAAACCCUUGCCGGCCGAAACCACUGGCUGUGGAUGCUUGAAGACAAGUUUUGACGAAGUGAGCAGACUGAUACGAUUUUGCACUUAUUUAUAUUUGUGAGAACCGUUUGUUAAUUUAUAAUAAAGAGCACUAUUUUUCUAUGAAA